CCCCGCCGAGGAUUUGAGUCUAAUCCGCGCCGCUCGCAGCCCGACCGGACUCAGCCUGUGGCGGGGAUUGCGAGCUCGUUGUCCGGCCAGGCUGACCCCCCGGUGCCGCGUCCCCGGGCACUGACCGAUGGUCCAGGGCGGUGCGCUCCCCGGGGGUUCGGCUGUGGGAACCCCGCGAUGGGUCGCAAGGAGGAGCGCGUGUGCUGGAAAAAGCAAACGAGCAACAUCGCCGACAUCUUCCAGUUAAUGGAACUCCUGGGCUCAGGGGCCUUUUCAGAAGUGUAUCUGGCUAAGGAGCGGGCAACGGACAAACUGGUGGCCCUGAAGUGUCUUCAGAAGAAGAAGGAUGCUGUUGUGUUGGAAAAUGAAAUUAUGGUUUUGAGAAAGAUCAAACACGAAAACAUCAUCGCUCUGGAGGACAUCUAUGAGAGUCCCACCCACUACUACCUGGUCAUGCAGCUGGUGUCUGGAGGAGAACUUUUUGACAGGAUUCUGGAUCGCGGAGUUUACACGGAGAAAGAUGCCAGCUCUCUGAUACGACAGGUUCUCGAGGCAGUACGGUAUCUCCAUGAGAACGGAGUGGUACAUCGAGACUUAAAGCCUGAAAACCUGUUAUACUACAACUCUGAUGAAAACUCCAAAAUCAUGAUCAGCGACUUUGGCCUGUCCAAGAUGCAGGACAUGGGGGUGAUGUCCACAGCAUGUGGCACUCCUGGCUAUGUGGCUCCUGAGGUUCUCCAUCAGAAACCCUAUGAUAAAGCAGUGGAUUGCUGGUCUAUUGGAGUCAUCGCAUACAUCCUGCUGUGUGGUUACCCUCCUUUCUACGAGGACACUGACUCAAAGCUCUUUGCUAGGAUUUCGAAGGCUGACUAUGAAUUUGACGCUCCGUUUUGGGACAAUAUCUCAGAGCAGGCAAAAAGUUUUAUCCGUCACUUGCUGGAGAAAGACCCGAAGAAACGGUUCACUUGUGAGCAAGCUCUACGCCACCCCUGGAUUUCAGAGUACCGCGCCCCACUGCGCAACAUCUUCCGCUCCGUCAGCUUGCAGCUCACCAAGAACUUUGCCAGGAGGACGUGGAAGCGGGUAAUCAAUGCUACCCUAAUAGUUCAGCACAUUCAGAAACUGCAUUCAGCUUCAGAUCAGAGGGUGGCCAAUUCCAACUGCAAUCAAGGAGACUCCAAGCUGGCUUCUGCAGACACCUUCAAGGAGUUGCAACAGACAAGAGUCAGACAACAUUCUGCUCCGAGCCUUCUGACCAACAGCCAGGAGGACAGCGGGAACUUGACUGCAGACCUUGUUCCAAAAGCGCCUCUUCAUCGGGGAGUGAGUGGGGAGGCAUGGAUCGCAGGUCGGGAGCCGGACGUCUCACCCGAGAAGGACACACUCAUCAGCUGUGUAGCACGUGAGGACCUGCUGACGGGAGCACUGGAGGACGGAGACCGCGCAACCGGAUCUCCUGGGCCAACUGAAGCCGGUACUCGAGACAUGUCAGCUCCCUGCCAAGGUAUGAAGCUGAAGGGAUGGAACAGCAUCGAACGUGUUGAGGUCAGGCAGACGGGAGUGUGCUUACUGAUGUGACUCUCGGACACGGUGGCUUCACGGACCAGUGAGUGAUCGAAGGCUGAAUGGACAGAUGCUCGGUAACAUCUGGUUGACAUGGAGAACUGACCAGAACUGAGGGACGAGAAAUUUAACCACGCCAUGGGGUCUUCAUUGUUACUGAUCCUCCUGGUCUGAGUGAGAAACCUGCACCGUGGAAGUAAGGAUUGGAUUGGAGAGGAUAGACAGCAGACAAGACUGGACCCAAUGCAAAUACUUAAGUCCAUUUGAACUUAUUGUUGACCAUAGGCAGUAUGGUUUUAGAUUUUCAAAUUAUGCAUUAAAUGGCAGAAGUGAAUAAUUAUGCUCAAAUAACAUGUUUGGCUUUUGUAGGUUGUUUUUAAUUAAUGACAUAGUCAGUUUAUGUGGAAUUCUGUAUAAGCUAGUGGAUGUCGAGCAAUUUGUAUAGCCUCCCACAGCUGUUGAGAGGUUUGGUUUAAUUAGGGACUCGGACUUGCUGGACUUUGCAGAGGUAAUAUUAUGGGUAGAAUAGGUCCAUCUCCUCAAGUCUUUAGGUGAUUACUGGGAGUCUGACCUUCAACUCUCCUCUAAACUUUGUCCUUGAGCUCGUGAUCACAGCUCGAGAGAACGUCAGGGCUGCCCACUUUACUUAGAAAGGGCAGCAAAGCUGUUUCAGGGAUCGUGUUCCUCCCACACAAAAGAAUUACCGUACUGUCAUAACUAUGAAGUGGAAGUGCAAAGCAGGACUGACAGGUGCGUCUCAGCUAUCUAGUAUAAUCGCAGGAGAUAAUGUUUUUGUAGGCUUUGCGGACUAACUUUGUGAAUCCCUACAUUUGGCUCUGGUAAGGGUCUGUUAAAUGACACAAUCCUUGUGUAUUCUGUGAGUUCUAUGUUCCUGUGUUGCUUUGUAAGGUAGCUAGGAGGGCAACAUGAGGAUUGGACCAACAGUGGAUCUGAGGAAGAGAAUCAGCCUUUAGUCAAGUGCUCCUGCUUCCUCUCUCUCUGCUUCCACAGAACAUAGAGCCAAGAUGCUGCCUGUCCCACUGAGUGUUUCCAGCAGCUGUUUUAUUUCAGGUUUUCAGAAUCUGCGGUUUAUUUAUUUGUCUUUUGUUUUCAUCUUCGGUUUUUGGAAUCUGCGGAUUUUUACCUGUACACUCUGUUUAUAUUUCAGGUUUCCAGAAUCUGCAGAUUUUUUUUCCUUUGUAUUUUCUGUUUUUGUUUCAGGUUUCCAGAAGCUGCAGCUUUUUGCUCCACACCAGCAGGCUCCAUUUGUAAAACUCAAAGGAUUUUGUUCUAUCUUGUUGGCUUUCAAAGCUGUGCAUUAAUUUGGAUGGUGAAUAGCUGUGUAGGGGCUCCUAACAUCAUGGUCCUAGAAAAGUUCAGCACAGAAACAGGCCCUUUGGCCCAUCUAGUCCAUGCUGAACCAUUUAAGCUGCCUACUCCUGUCAGCUGGCACCCCUCCAUAGCCCUCCCAUCCAGGUACCUAUCCAAACAUUUCUUAAACAUUGAAAUUGAGCUUGCAUGCAUUCAAGAUCCUCUGAGUGAAGAAAUUUCCGCUCAUGUUUAGCUUAAACUUUUCACCUUUCAUCCUUAACCCAUGACCUCAAGUUGCAGUCCCACCCAACCUCAGUGGAAAAAGCCUGCUUGCGUUUACCCUAUCUAUACCCCUCAUAAUUUUGUAUACUUCUAUCAAAUCUCCCCUCAAUCUUCUACAUCCGAAGGAAUGAAGUUCUAACCUAUUCAAUCUUUACUUGUAACCCAGGUCCUCCGGUCCCAGCAACAAGGUUGUAAAUUUUCUCUGUACUCUUUCAGUCUUACGUCUUUCCCGUAUGUAGAUGACCAAAACUGUUCUGUGAGUUUAAGAGCUAGUUCAUGUGUCUGCAUUGCUUCGUAAGGUAGUCAGGUAGGCAAUAUGGGGAUUGGACCAAUGGUGGAUCUGAGGAAGAGAAUCAACUGUGUGGCCAACAGCUCCUGCUUCCUUUCUCAGCUUCCAUAGUACAUAGAACGUUUAAGCACAAUACAGGUCCUUCGGUGCACCAUGUCCUGCCAAUCUUUAAACCUACUCUAAGAUCAAUCUAAUCCUUCCCUCCCAUACAGCACUCCAUGUUUCUAUCAUCCAUGUGCCAAUCUAAAAGUAAUGCCUCUAAUGUUUCUGCCUCUACCACCACCCAGGCAGUGCAUUCCAGACACCCAACUCUCUCUGUGCGAAAAGCCCAUCUCUGACACCGCCACCACCCCCCCCCCACCAAACGUUCUAAUAUUAUGCCCUCUGGCAUUCGCCAUUUCCCCUGGGGAAAGGUCUCUGGCUGUCCACUCGAUCUAUGCUUCUUAUCAUCUUAUACACCUCUAUCAAGUCACCGUUCAUUCGUUUUCACUCCAAAGAGAAAAGCCCAAGCCCGAGCCCUAGCUUCCAGUUAAUGAAUUGAAAUUUAGAGAGGAACUCGGGAUAGACCACCGUUCUGACAAUGGCCAUUGACCUGAAAUGUUGACUCUGUUUCACUGUAGGUUCUGUCCAAAAUGCUCAGUGUUUCCAACUUUGCAUUUUAUUAUGGAAAGGAAAACUGAGUUGAUGACUCACCGUGUCUCUGGCCCUGAAGUGUUAAUUGUUUCUAUUUACAAGAUGCUGUCUGUCUGUGUGUUUCCAGCACCAUUUUUAUUUCAGGUUUCUAGAAUUUGCAGCUUUCUAUAUGUAUUCUCUGUUUUUGCUUCUGGUUACUAGAAUCUGCGGUUUAUUUACUUGUAUUAUUUUUAUUUCAGGUUUCCAGAAUCUGCAGACUUUGAUUUGUAUUCACAGUUUUUGUCUCAGGUUUCCAGAAUCUGCAGACAUUUUAUCUGUAUUCUCUGUUUUUAUUUCAGGUUUCUAGAAUCUGCAGACUUUGACUUGUAUUCAGUUUUUGACUCAGGUUUACAGGAUUUGCACAUCUUUGCUCCACACCAGAAUUUCUAAAAUUCAAGGGAUUUUGUUCUAUCUUUUUGGUUUUUAAAGCUAUGCAUUAAUUUGGUGGGUGAGUAGCUGUGUAGAGGCUCCUCAUAUAACUUAUAUUUGGAUUCAGCUGGAAGGUUUUGCAUACAGUGUCUUAUAAAAGUAUCCAGCCCCCAUUACAAACAGGGAUUUAACUGAGAAUUUUUAUUUCCAAAUCACAUGCUCUAUUUUUUCCACAGGACAUGUCAGCAGUUCAAAAGUAUUCACCCCCCCCCCCCCCCGCUUGCUCAGUGAGUAGUUGAACCUCCUCUUGCAUCUGCUACUGCCAGUAGUCUUUCUGGAUAAAUCUCAGUUAGCUUUGCACAACAUGAUGGAGCAAAAUUUGCUAAUUCCUCCUUGUGAAAUUGCUCAGGCUGUGCCAGGUUAGUUGGGGAGCAGCAGUGGACAGCAAUCUUAGGGUCUUGCCAGAGGUGUUUGAUUGGGUUAAGGUCUGGGCUCUAACUGGGCCACUCAAGGACAGCAAUUUUCUUCAUUUGAAGCCACUCUGACAGUGUGCUUUGGGUUGUUAUCCUGCUGAAAGAUGAACUUUCUCCCCAGUUUAAGCUUUCUGGCAGAGGCCAACAGGUUUUUAUUCAGGAUCUAUCUGUAUUUAGCAGCAUUCAUCUUCCCGUCAAUCCUAACCAGAUUUCCAGUCCCUGCUGUUGAACAGCGUCCCCAUAGCAUGAUGUUACCUCCACCAUAAUUUAUAGUUGGGAUGGCGCAACCCAGCUGAUGCAUAGAAUUAGAUUUACAUCACACAUAUCGCUAAGAAAAGCAUAAGUUUUCCUGUAAGCACUUUGCAAAGUAUCAUUUAGAAGAUACUGUAAAUAUGUGGAAGAGAGUCUUGUGGUUGGUUGAGACUAAAGUGGAAUUUAUUGGCCUCAACACCAAGUGUUGCAUAUUGUGAAUGUCUCCAUUUAUCAUGGAGGCAUUCACCUGAUCCGGCUAACGAUAAAUCAAACCCUCGCUAAUCGAGGCGCUCAGCUUCCGAGCUGGUGAUGGUGGAUGGUUGAGAGACCUUGCCGUUGUCUCUGCCUGGUGAUGCCCUUUAAAUCUGAGCAUCGGUUUUAAUUUUCUCUUAAAACUGCAUUUGAAAACUCAAAGUGAAGUACGUUUCGCCUUCCAGUUGCAUUGUGUUGAACAAAAUUACCAAAAUCGCUUCUGAGAAAUGUUUCUGUAGAUAUAAAGAUUAAAG